CUCUUUCAUACUGUUCCCCUUUUAUCUUAUUCAUCCUCGGGUCACAGUAUCAUCGUUACUGUGCCCAUACACAUAUACUAUACACAUACCUGUCCUACGCUUUUAUUCAUAGCAAAUCCCUCUCAUACCUACCCACCAUGUCUUCCCUCCAGGGUUUGCAGAGGAUCAAGCGUGUGCAAAACCCGAAUUAUAAGAGAUCCGGUCUCAAGUCCUAUGUCUUCCUUCUCCAGAAGUGGGGCUUUGAGCCCACCAUGCCGGGUCCAUACUUUCAGAUGCAGAAAGAAACACCCACAGGUCACCACUCCUUUUUCAAGAGGCAUGGAAGCAAGACCAAAACCCAUCGGGUGACUGGCAAGAAGACUGGUCCCAGUGACUCUGACGUCGGUGAGGUGACGGCGGAAGACCAGCAGAAUGAUUCCGAGUACCUCUGUCCAGUCCAGAUUGGCACACCAGCACAGACACUCAUGCUGGACUUCGAUACUGGGUCCUCUGAUCUCUGGGUCUGGUCCACAGAACUGCCCAGUUCCACACAGAGCCAGGGCACUGGACACACGAUCUUCAACCCAAAGAAGUCCUCCACUUUCAAGGCUACGAGCGGUUCAACUUGGAAGAUCGCAUACGGCGACUCCUCUACCGCAUCGGGCAACGUCGGCACUGAUAAUGUAACCAUCGGUGGACUCACAAUUAAGAAUCAAGCGGUUGAGCUUGCAAAACAGAUGUCGGCCCAGUUCGUGCAGGGAGCUGGGGACGGACUUUUGGGUCUUGCCUGGGGUAGCAUCAACACUGUUACCCCAAAGCCAGUUCAGACACCAGUCGAGAACAUGAUUUCUCAGGAUGACAUUCCCAAGACUGCUGAACUUUUUACAGCUUACCUGGGGAGCUGGAGGGAUGCCAAUGAUCCUGACAAGGGCGAGAGCUUCUAUACCUUCGGCUACAUCGAUCAGGAUGUUGUCAAGGCCUCUGGAAAGGAGAUCGCGUGGACACCUGUUGAUAACUCUCAGGGUUUCUGGAUGUUUGACUCCACUUCAGCGACUGUCAAUGGCAAGACCAUCAAUCAGUCAGGAAACACUGCCAUUGCUGACACGGGUACCACGCUUGCUCUUGUAGCUGAUGCUACCUGCCAAGCAAUAUACGACGCCAUACCGAAUGCGACGUACGACCAGAAUCAACAGGGUUGGGUAUUCCCCAGCAGCACGACCGCCGACCAACUUCCAGUGGUCACAUUCGCCGUCGGCAACACCCAAUUUACCGUUCAGAAGGAGGACCUGGCGUUCGCCGACGCAGGUAACGGUAUGGUGUACGGCGGGAUCCAGUCUCGAGGUUCCAUGACCUUUGAUAUUCUGGGCGAUACUUUCUUGAAGAGUAUCUACGCCAUCUUCGACCAAGGCAACACGAGAUUCGGCGCCGUUCAGCGAACUGACCCUACCCAGAACCUGGCUCCCCCACCCUCCUCGUAAUCGUAGACCGGGAGAAUUUAAAGACUUCGGCUUGACUUGGUUGGGUGUUUAGAAUAAUAAUAAAAGAU